ACCUGAGUUUCGGUGAGGAACGAGGGGGGAAGAGCCCAGUCGAGGGAACAACAUCAGCUCCAAAGACAAAUCCGACAGUAACAUUUGUCCGUUUGUUUUGCUCACACGCCGCUCUCAGAGUUUAUAAAUCGGUGAAGGUUGGUCGAACAAAGUUUGCAGUAGUGCGUUGGCGGGUUUUAUUCCCAGCUGUUAGUCAGCAGGUCGACGAGGAAAAGACCAGUCCUACUUCCUGGUCCUCCGCAGUCGGGAUGUCUGUCACCCCUCGACGUGUCCGGCUGAAGCCCUGGCUGGUGGCUCAGGUGGACAGCGCGAGAUACCCGGGUCUGGUGUGGAUUGACCGCGAGGCCAUGCGCUUCAGGAUCCCGUGGAAACACGCGACGAGACACACCCCACAGCACGAGGACGAAGACACCAUCUUUAAGGCAUGGGCUGUGGAGACCGGGAAGUUCCAGGAGGGGGUUGAUGAACCCGAUCCAGCCAAGUGGAAAGCUCAGCUACGAUGUGCACUGAACAAAAGCCGAGAAUUCAACCUGGUCUAUGAUGGCACCAAAGAGGUUCCCAUGAAUCCUCUGAAGAUAUAUGAUGUCUGCGACAUCCCACAGCCGCUCAGCAACCAAGGCUCCUCGGACGCUGGUUCUUGGACCCCACAUGAUGAAGAUGGUGGUGAGGAGGAUGUUCCAGAUACACCAGAGUCCCUCCCACCAUACCCAUCAAAUGGCACCAGUCCUUCUCCUCUCAUUAUGUGGUCUCCUAUGGGCUCAGAGUCCUCCAUGCAGCCCCCCAGCUGUUCCCCUUCAAACCAAGGCUGGCCCAAAGAGGAGCCUGUCAAAAUCUGGCCUAAGGAUGAGCCUGGCAAAAUUUGGCCUAAAGAAGAACCAAGGAAAAUCUGGCCGAAAGAAGAGCCUGCAGAUGUGGAGAUGGAACCCACCCCUCUCAACGACAUGCCCCCUGCACCUCUGCCCGAUCACUCCAUGCAGCCCCCUCCUCUGCCUGACGCCCUGUUUGCCUCUCCUGAAACCUGGAUAAGUUCUCUCCCAAUGACAGACCUGGAGGUCAACUUCCUGUACAGAGGGAAGGAGAUGUGUCCCACAGCCAACGUCAGUAACCCUCAGGGCUGCAGGCUCUUCUACGGGGACCUGGGCCCGAUGAUGAACCAGGAGGAGCUGUUCGGACCCGUGAACCUGGAGCAGCUGCGCUUCCCCACCACGGAGCACAUCACCAACGACAAGCAGAGGAUCUUCACCAACCGCCUGUUGGAUGUGAUGGACAGAGGCCUCAUCCUGGAGGUCAGCGGACACGAUAUCUACGCAAUCCGUCUCUGCCAGUGUAAAGUGUACUGGUGUGGCCCCUGUGCUCCAAAUCCAGCUGCACCAAACCUCAUAGAGCGUCAGAGGAAGGUCAAACUCUUCUGUCUGGAGUCCUUCCUCAGUGGGGUGAUAGCCCACCAGCGUGGCCUGACAUCAACCCCCCCUAACUUUGAAAUUGACCUGUGUUUUGGAGAGGAGUGGCCUGAUGGGAGGCCCAGGGAGAGGAAACUCAUCAUGGUUCAGGUGAUACCUGUCGUGGCCCGGAUGAUAAGCGAGAUGUUUUCUGGAGACAACACACGAUCCUUCGACAGCGGCAGUGUCCGCCUGCAGAUUUCAAUCCCAGAUAUCAAAGACAACAUAGUGACCCACCUGAAGCAGCUUUACUGCCUGCUGCAAACUCACCAGGGCCAGGAUGGCUGGGCGCUGCCCCCCGGCCCGGGCCUCAACAUCGUCCAGGCUUUGCAGGCACAGUGAAGCAGCACAUUGUGAACCACCAUGUAUUUACUGAGAGUUAUAUACUGUUAUCAAAGAAGUACUUAUGUAUAACCAGUUUAGAAGUGUACACAGUAUGCUGUAGGGUUCCUGUGUUUUUCAGCUUCUCUGUAGUACUGUGAUGGUUUUUAAAGCCUGUAUUAGACACAUUAUGUGUGCAGGCACCAUAGACAGAUGGGUGACUGCAUGGGCCAAAGUCCUGCUUGCUGCAGGGGAACAUUUAGCAAAGUUAAUGAGUAACACAGUUGGUCUGUGAUUAUCCAACCUUCCUAGAGUCAAGAAACAGAACAGAAAUAACAUCUCUUUUGACCUCGUGAAACGUUUUGUAGCAACACAUCCAGCAUAGGGUUUGUCUAAUGUAGCAAAUAUGAAUUCAAGUGAGGAUUGUUGCAUUGUCAUGGCAUUCGUUAGUGACCUACUCUUCGUCUACGGUUUAGUCUUGAGUUGUUGUCUUUCUCUUUUUUUCUCUAGGACAUUUUUUAUUCAUGUCUUUGAUUUUAGCCAUUUAUGUUUUCCAGACAGACAUUUAACAAAACAACAUUCAGCCGUUAUGGGUCCGUUUUAAUACAGAUUGCCACUGCACUUUGAGUUGCUGAAUCAUGUUUUAUUCCUGUUUAAAUCUAAGUGCAUUUAUCAGUUGUACUCUUUAUUUUAUCAAUAAAAACAACAGAAUAACA